GGCCCAUAAAAAGAAGAAAAGGAAACAUGGCUGGUGCUGCCACCAUCACCGGAUCUUUGCUCUGUAAUGCUCAUCCACAUUCUUUCUCUCUCUAUAUUUAUCAUUUCCUUCUGUUUUCUCUUCUCUCUAUCCUACUCCAUUGUUGCCCAAGCGCUGCCUCACAAAACGGCAUUGUAUUAUACUACUCCUUAACAAAUUUUCUGAAUCAUCGUCGAAUUUUGGGAAUCGCGUGAUCAAAAACAGAGUUGCAACGCUGAUUUCAUCGGUCUGUUGCUCCACUGACGCCAGUUCAAUCACUAGUUACUUGAAAAAUCCAGUUCCCAUUUCAGGGCCAAGAACGGUAUAACCUAAUGUCUAACACAGCAAAAUCUUUGGAACCUGCUUUUCAGGGAGUUGGUCAGAAAGCCGGGCUUGAGAUAUGGAGAAUUGAGAACUUCCAACCAGUUCCCUUGCCAAAACCUGAUUAUGGUAAAUUCCACACUGGAGAUUCAUAUAUUGUUCUACAGACGAUUGCUGGAAGAGGAGGCGGUUAUCAUUAUGAUGUACACUUCUGGCUCGGAAAGGAAACUAGCCAAGACGAAGCAGGGACUGCAGCCAUCAAAACGGUCGAACUUGAUGCAGUUCUUGGCGGCCGCGCUAUUCAGUAUAGAGAAUUGCAAGGGCACGAGUCCGACAAAUUCUUGUCAUACUUUAAACCUUGUAUCAUACCAUUAGAAGGUGGUUUUGCAUCCGGAUUCAAGACAGUCGAAGAAGAAGAGUUUGAAACUCGAUUAUACACCUGUAAAGGAAAACGAGUUGUAAGGAUGAAGCAGGUUCCGUUCUCCCGGUCAUCAUUGAAUCACGAUGAUAUUUUUAUCCUCGACACAAAAAACAAGAUAUAUCAAUUUAAUGGUGCAAACUCAAACAUUCAAGAAAGAGGAAAAGCAUUAGAAGUAGUUCAGUUUCUGAAAGACAAGUACCAUGAAGGGACUUGUGAUGCUGCAAUAGUUGAUGAUGGAAAAUUAAAAGCUGAAUCAGAUUCCGGUGAAUUUUGGGUUCUCUUCGGAGGCUUUGCUCCGAUUGGUAAAAAGGUUAUUACCGACGAUGAUAUUGUUGCGGAGAAGAGUUCUCCAAAACUUUACAGCAUAAAAGGUGGCGAUGCUAAUGCCGUAGAAGGAGAGCUUUCCAAGUCACUUCUUGAAAAUGAAAAAUGUUAUCUGUUGGAUUGUGGCAAUGAGAUAUUUCUUUGGGUUGGCCGGGUAACUCAAGUCGACGAGAGAAAAGCUGCCACUCAAGCUGCAGAGGAGUUUGUUACUAGCCAAAACAGACCAAAAUCAACACAAAUAAUCCGGCUUAUUCAAGGUCAUGAGAAUCAUGCUUUCAAGUCCAAAUUUGACUCCUGGCCAACAGCAUCAACUACUCCUGUUGUUGAGGAGGGAAGGGGGAAAGUAGCAGCUUUACUGAAACAGCAAGGUGGAGGCGUGAAGGCAGCUACUAAAAAGGCUCCAGUUAUCGAGGACAUCGUUCCUCCAUUGCUUGAAGGAGGUGGAAAACUAGAGGUUUGGCGAAUCAAUGGCAAUGAGAAAACUGCAGUUCCUGCAGAAGAUAUUGGAAAAUUUUACCGUGGGGAUUGCUACGUCGUGCUCUACACAUACAAUCAGCAUGAAAGAAAGGAAGAUUUCUAUUUGUGUAGUUGGAUUGGAAAAGACAGUGUUCAGGAAGAAGUAGAGACAGCUACUAGAUUAUGUAAUACAAUGUAUAACACACUUAAAGGGAGGCCGGUGCAGGGCCGAAUAUAUCAAGGGAAAGAGCCACCUCAAUUUAUAGCCAUAUUCCAGCCUAUGGUGACCCUUAAGGGUGGAAUGAGCUCUGGUUACAAGGACCAUAUAAAUGGCGGAAAUGAUGAGACUUACACUGGAGAGGGCGUUGCAUUAUUCCGCUUAUCUGGAACUUCUCUGCAUAAUAAUAAAGCUCUUCAAGUUGAUGCGGUAGCCACAUCAUUGAACUCAAAUCACUGUUUUGUGCUUCAAUCUGGAACAACAGUAUUCUGCUGGAUAGGAAAUAAAAGCAGUGUUGACCAGCAGAAAUUAGGUGCCAAGGUUGCAGAAUUUCUCAAGCCUGGAUCACCAAUCAAGCACACUAAAGAAGGAACCGAGAGCUCGAUCUUCUGGGGUGCUAUCGGAGGAAAAAAGCCUUACACCAGUAAGAAGACCACACCCGAGGCUCCCAGGGAUCCUCACUUGUUUUCUUACUCCUUUAAUAAAGGAAAAUUUGAGGUUGAAGAAAUAUACGGAUUCUCUCAAGAUGAUCUGUUAACGGAGGAUAUGUUGAUACUCGAUACACAUGCUGAAGUGAUUGUUUGGGUUGGCCAAUUAGUGGAUACAAAAGAGAAAAAAUCUGCUUUUGAGGUUGGACAGAAAUACGUGGAGAUGGCUGGCUCACUCGACGGGUUGGCCCCAAAUGUUCCACUUUACAAAGUCACUGAAGGAAAUGAGCCAUGCUUCUUCACCACAUAUUUUUCAUGGGAUUCUGCAAAAGCAAGUCUAUAUGGGAACUCAUUCCAAAAGAAGGUCUUGCAACUAUUUGGUGACGGCAAUGAGGACAAGUCCAAUGCUUCGAAUGACGGAGGACCAACUCAAAGGGCUUCAGCUUUGGCAGCUUUGAACUCUGCAUUCAGUGGGACUUCAUCUCCGAAGCCUGUCAUAGCCCCUAGGGCUGGAGCAGGCCAAGGCUCUCAGAGAGCUGCUGCGGUGGCUGCUCUAUCUUCUGUUUUGACCGCUGAGAAACGGUCACCUGAUUCAUCUCCAGGUCGAAGGCUAAGAAGUCCGCAUGCAGAAUCUAGCCCUACUGCUCGAACUCCAAGGAGGAGGGAAGAUGCGUCUGCCUUUGCAGAAGAAGCCAAAGAAAAUUUUGAACGGAAAGAUUUGGAGCCAGCUGAGCCUACUGAAGAGACUAAUGAGGAGGAAAACGAACAAUACGCCUCUGAAGCUGUUCAGGGAACAUAUGAUUACGAGCAGCUCAAAUCCAAGUCCGUUCCAGGGAUUGAUUACAAACGACGAGAGGCCUAUCUUUCUGAAGAAGACUUCCAGACAGUGUUUGAGAUGAGCAAAGAAGCUUUCUACCAGAACCCGAAAUGGAAGCAAGACCUUCUUAAAAAGAAAGCUGAGCUAUUCUAGAAAACGUUCAUUUUAAAUCAGGUCCUCGUGUUUCAUCUCAUAUUUCGACCACAUGUUAUCUUUUACUAGGGCUACCAACAUGCUUGAAAGAUUUUUCUCACCAUUGAUGCAAGUUGUCAGCAUUGGCUUCGGUUCCUUUCCUCUACUUCCAACUUUUCUCUGCAUUCUUGGAUUUUGGCAGCUUCUAGUUGAUGGCUACACAACUUAAUUUGAUUUAUUUCUGCAUCCUUUUUUUUUAUCAAUUUUAUCUUGACUAUUUACUUAUAUUGUUUGAUUGAAAGGGUGUAUAACUGGUAUUACACUAUGCGACUAGAAGAGAUGGAAUUGCUUCA